AUGGAGUUCAACAACAUGGAAGCUUUUCUUGCUGUUUCAAUCCUGAUAGUUUCCAUCUUCUGGUACUUAACUGUGAUAUUCAAGAAGAGGGAAAAGACCCUAUUGCCACCAGGGCCUUGGGGUCUGCCAAUUGUUGGAUACUUACCAUUCUUAACCCCCAACUUGCAUACUCAGUUCACUGAAUUGGCUCAUCGAUAUGGUCCGAUUUUCAAGCUUAAGCUUGGAAACAAACUCUGUGUCGUACUGAGCUCGCCUUCUCUCGUCAAAGAGGUAACGCGAGACCAAGACGUUACAUUUGGAAACCGGGAUCCUCCUGCUGCAGCGGAGGCUCUUACUUAUGGAGGAUUCGACAUUGCUUGGUGUCCCUACGGCUCCUACUGGCGCAACAUGCGAAAAGUAUUCGUUCGGGAGAUGCUUAGCGGAAGCAACCUCGACGCGUGCUAUGAUCUUAGAAAAGAUGAGGUGAUAAAGGCUGUUGAAUAUGUUGGAAUGAGGGUUGGAAAGCCUGUAGAGGUUGGUAAUCUGGCAUUCUUGACAGAAAUGAAUGUGGUUUUGAGUAUGUUGUGGGGUAAAACACUUGAUUCCAGGCAGCAAUUAGAAACAGGAACUAGUUUCAGGCAGGUGUUUGGGAAGAUGAUGGAUCUUUUCGCCAAGCCAAAUGUAUCCGACUUCUAUCCUAGCCUUCGCAGGUUUGAUAUUCAGGGCAUUGAGAGAGAAGCCAAGUCUCUUUUACAAACAACUGAUGAGAUUUUCAAUGCAGCGUUUGAUAAAAGGAUUAAGAUGACAGAGGAUGGAAUAAAAAGUGAUGGAAAGAAAAAAGACUUUGUUCAAAUUCUGCUUGAGAUCAAGAAGUUUGAAGAUACUGGGGAAGAGAUUAGCCUGACACAGAAAAAAGCCAUCUUGCUGACAUUUUUACUGACACAAUUCUCGUCAUGUGAAAUUAAGGACAUUGUGCUUGGAGGGACAGACACUACAUCCACAAUGAUCGAAUGGGCGAUGACAGAAAUUGUACAUCACAGGGAAGUCCUUGAAAAAAUUCAGACUGAACUCGACGAUGUAAUAGGCCCUGACGGAGCUAUUGACGAAUCUCGUCUCCCGGAGCUGCAUUAUUUGGAUGCAGCAGUGAAGGAAACUUUUCGGUUACACCACGCAUUACCUUUCCUCGUUCCAAGGCGGCCUAGCAAAUCCUGUAUCCUAGACGGGUACACUAUCCCGAAGGAUGCUCGGGUUUUAAUUAAUGCCUGGGCAAUACAGAGAGAUCCUGAGUUCAAGCCUGAAAGGUUUCUGAUUGAACCCAAAAAAUGGGAUUUCAGUGGUAACAAUUUCCAGUUCAUUUCAUUUGGAUCAGGAAGAAGAAUUUGUCCUGGAAUUCCCUUAGCUGAGAAAAUGAUCAAGUAUCUGUUGGCAUCCUUCUUGUAUUCAUUUGAUUGGAAUCCAACCAAAACCAAAGAGGACGAUCUUUCUGAAAAAUCUGGAAUUGUCGUGAGGAAAAGCGAUCCGUUAUCAGCCAUUCCUACCAAGCGGACACGAAAUCAAUUGGAUUAA